UAUCAGACCAGUUACUGGAAGUCCAGCGCAGGCUCUCUAAGGCAUCAUGCAGCACUUUGGGUUUCUAGUCCUUUUCGGACUUUUCAUCGGCACACAAGCAGUCUCCUUUGAGGACCUUCUUGAAGCACUGAACACAACUGAGAAGAGUUGGCUGACGAAGCGAACAUAUAGUUUGCAAGGUCAUAGCUGCGUCUACGCCCAAAAACUAUCGCUCACUCGAGAGCAUUACACAUUUGAACAAGGGUACAAGCAAGAUGGUAAAGAAAAAAAGCACACGCUGUACUCAAACCUAGGAAAUGAUGGGAGUGGCCCUUGGAUGACAGUCAGCAGAACGCCAGAUGGACAUGGCUUAAAAUACUAUCUAGAGUACUUGAAUAAAAAUGAAGAGUGUGGUAUCCUCAAAGUGCACCUAUCAGGCCAGGAUCACUACGAAAUGCACCAAUGGGACAAUAAAGUUGGAGAGGGAGCAGCACAGUGCAAUAACCAAUACAUGACUUUACUUGCCGCAAGAACAUCAUACAAUGUUUAUUCAGAAAGCUGCAAGUCAGACGCCCAAAGCAAAUGAUGUGAAAACGUUCCCGAAGAUGAGACUCCUGAGCAAAA